AAUGAAUGUCGCUCAAGCAUUGCAUUACUGCGUACAAUAGCUUCUGAUUUGUGCGCUCUUUUUUUGCGCUGUACUGUAUGGCCAGUGAGAGGACGCGUUUGCCGCUGCUGCUAUGACAACAGCGCGCGCUUUUUCCAACUUUUGAGUGAUUCACAGCCCACAUUCGCGGUUAUCCAGUAGGAUCUGAAAGAAAACCAAGCAACGGUCCCACUAGAGGAAGUGGUUCCUUUCUUUUCUUUUUUUUUUUUUUUUUUUAGAAGACUGUGUACACUCAUACUGUACUGCACUGAGGAACCACAAACACUCUCCAUAUCUAUUCAGGCACAGCUGGAGUGACAUUUUGGCACGUUCACUCGCUCUCAGCUCUCACUUCUUAAAGUUUGAGGCAGCGUGUCAGUGAGGGAAAAAAUAUGGAUUUUCAGUGCGGAUAUUAAAGGCAAUAGGAUUUAAGAAACUAGAACGAUUGAGGUCACCACUAAAGUGUACAUUUCAUUCAUACGUUAUUUUAUUUUACCCCCAUUUCCAUGGCGACGGCACGGAGCGGUCAUCGAUAAGCGCUCUGUACUAAGUACGCGAGGGAUUUUGUUGUCUACCUGGGGAGGAAAUCUGGAUUAACAGAUGAACUGUAAUGGCUAACUAACGCGUUUCUCUUUUGGACUACUGUGAACGGAUUUACACUAAGAAAACUCCGCAGAUGAAGAUGGUUGCGUGUGGAGGCUGCGCGGCGUCCUGGAGGAGGUGUGUGGUGGUGAUGAGUCUCAGACUGCUGUUCCUUCUCCCCGCAGGUCUGCCUGUCCGCAGUCAAGGAGAAUCCCAAUCCGAUAACAAACAGAUGGACAAUAUCACCAUCAGACAAGGAGAGACGCUCUUCCUCAGUUGCUCACAAGGGGACUUUGUGACACACACAGCAUGGCUGAACAGAUCAAGUAUACUGUACGCCGGAGAGGAUAAGUGGUCUGUGGACCCCCGGGUGAGUUUGGUUACUCUGAACCAGGAUGAGUUCACCAUCAAGAUUGAGGACGUGGACUUGACAGACGAGGGCCAAUACAUCUGCGCGGUGCAGACUAGCAGCAGACCCCGAACCACGUCCGUGCACAUCAUCGUUCAAGUUCCUCCAAAGAUCGUGAACCUGUCAAAGGACCUUGUGGUAAACGAAGGCUCCAACGUCACUUUGAUGUGCCUGGCUAACGGAAAACCAGAACCUGCCAUCGUCUGGAGGAUGUUAUCACCUUCAGAUGACAGCCUAGGUUCAGACAAUGAGGUUCUGGAGAUUCCCUUCAUCAGCAGAUAUAGAGCAGGAGUGUACGAAUGCACCGCAGCGAACGACAUUGCAGUAGACACACAGACUGUUGAGCUCACAGUCAAUUACCCUCCCAGUGUUUCAGAUGGCAGAGAUGUUGGCGUGACCCUGGGUCAGAGAGGUGUCCUGGAGUGUGAGGCAGAUGCUGUACCCGAGGCAGAUUUUGAGUGGUACAGAGAUGACAGGAGGAUCUUCAAUGGCUUUGAUGGCAUAGAGAUCGAGGAUGCCGGAGCACUUUCAAAGCUGACUUUCUUCAACGUGUCCGAGGCAGACUACGGCAAUUACACUUGUGUCGCUAUCAACAAACUUGGGAGCGCUAACACAAGCAUCGUCCUGUACGAAAUAAUUGAACCCACUAGUUCAACGCUAUUGCAAGUGGAGACGACUUCUGUUUUAGAAAUGACUUCAUCCGAUUUAAAGCGCACAGCCUUUGAAAACAAUGAUUUGUGGGAAGGACCCGGAGCAGUUCAGGAUGGCAACAGCGGCACGUCAACGGUCUUCACACCCACCUGUCUACUUCUCAUCGUACUUCUACAACUCUUGCUCAAGUUUUGAUGCCGAAGAUGUUUUCAGUGGAUAAAAAUCAACGUUUGUGUGACAUCACUCUCAUCCUGGAGUCACAAAUCGUGCAUGGGUUACCAAAAAUGCCUGAAAAUGUGCAUGGGGUACCCAAGUACUUCCUUUUAAUAAAGUAAUCAUGCAUUUCUUUUGUUUAUAAUAGAGUUUAAUAAUGUAACUUCUCUUACAUUGCUAAUUACCACACUGUUUUGCCCCAACGAAUACAGCUUUGUAUUCCGUAAAAGCAAAUGACAGAGAGGCAUGUCUAAUUUUAUUUAUUUUUGUGACUGUCAUUUUAAUUGAACUCUGUAACCCCUUAAGAAUUCAUAUAGAAUACUGCGUGAUUGGGGAAUAAUUAUUUCAAGUCAAAGGCAUGCGAUAAGGAAGGGCAUAUGUCUUUUUUUUUGAGUUGUCGAUAUAUUUUUACUGUAUCAUAACUGUACAGCCAAUCAAAAUAAGCAGCAAAAAAGACACGUUUUAGCUCUGUAAUAUUCACAUCAUAUAUCAUUUUGAGUACUCCUAAUCUGCAUUUUAGCGUUUAACACACACAACUGAAAACAGUGCGGUACAUAUCAGUAUGUUUUAUUUUGAUUAUGUUUUGAUGACCAGAACGACUAUGCAGAACCGAAAGCUCUAUAAAAUGAUUUAUUUGCACCGCAAAGGAAUAAAUCAGAUGUUGGAGUCGUGUUAGUAUAUAUGGGAUGACACCAGGUUAUUGGAUCCAUUUUGAGAGCCCAAAGAGCAAUCUGCUUAUACCUGUUGACAUCAAGUUAUUUUUAUUACCAUGGCAGUUUUUCAAAUGGCUUUUUGUUUCAUUUUGUCCAGAUUUUGAGUUAUACGAACCAAACCGGGCGCUUAAAUGUUCUUUAUUUAAACACUUCUUGUCGUCGUUCCUGCUAACAUCUCUGUAUGUAUAUGCAUAUAUCCAACUUGUACAAAGGGAAAAUAUGCACACUUGUUUUUACUAAAAUUGUGAACCUGUUUAAUACAAUGCAACGUUUUCUAUUUUUGUUAUUCCCUUUUUCAGAAGCUGUGUAAUUUAUUUCUCAAAGGGUUAUAGUAGAUACAAGCUCAUUGCAGUUACUCAUUGUGAAAUCUGAUGUCUAAAUAUUGUGCUUUUGGAAGAAGCAGAUGCGACUCAUUUGUCCUUCAUCAUCUCAUCAUGAGCAGAUGUCCUGUUACCAUCCGUAUUCUGUGGGGGGGAAGGGAGAUUUGAUUUGAAUCGUUUCUGAAACUUACCAUCGCAGUAUUAAGGUGUUGGUUGACCUCAAAUCCAUAUUAAGAUUUUCUUUUGUUUUGUUGCAGUGUUUGAUAGGAUAUAUGCCUAAUGUUUCCAUUUUAUCUCCAAUGUGGUUAAAGGAAUAGUUCAGACAAAGAUGAAAAUUGAAAAUCAUUUAUUCACCCUCAUGGCACUCCAAAUAAAAAUAAAAAAAAUGACCAUGGAAGUCUGAGAUUGACUAAUCAUAAAUAAGUAUUCCUUAUUUAGCUGAUUAUGUUGACAGACAUUUUUGGAUGAGCUAUCCCUUUAAAUAUCAUGUUUUUAAAACCACAUAUCAGAUACAAAUCAGUGGAUUUUAAGCACAAGUUGUAUGUUAAUGAAAGGAAAUGUCAUGUGUGUGCAAAGUUUAAUGGGUGACAGUGUGUGUUCUUGCCCCAAAGGUGUAUUAUUCAACAUUAUGGUUUCAUUUUUCAUUUUAUUUUUUAUAAGAUAUAGGGAACACAACCAGACUAAGAACAGUCCACAUAUUUCACAUAUAGACAGAUCAGUGAGAUUAACCUGACAAGUCAGAAAUCCACACUUUUAUGAUUAAAUUUAAAUUUGAAACCACAAAAAGAAGCACCUCCUAAUAAUGCCUGUGAUUUCCUCUGAGGAAGAGUUUGGAUCAAGAAUGAUCAAAGAGAGGGCGAUCAAUCGAUGCACUGUAUUAACAGAAACACAGGGCUUGUCUGUGCAUGGCUGUAAUGCAAUUCAUAUGUUUGUCCAACUUGGUGCAAAGAAUUUACUUCUUUUUUUUUUUUUAAUCUCACCAUUCAACCAUUAAAACAACCAGCCUGGAGAAGGUCAUUUUGUUCCGCUGAUCUCUAGUGGUUCCCUGGAGAGGAACAAAUCUAGUAUUUUAACUCCUUGUACUGUAAAGAAAUUGUUUUGUCAUAUGUUUUUCCUUUAAUGGCGAUGGUGUGUUCAUAUUUAAGACUUACAAUAAUAAAAUGUUGUAUCUAAAUAGAA